AUGCGUGCGUGGUUGCUGGGCUCCGCCGGGGGCCGGCUGCUGGCGGCACUGGGAGCCGGGGGCCGGGACGCAGCGGCCAUGGCUGGGGGCAGCAUGGGGCAGAGGAUGGUCUGGGUGGAUCUGGAGAUGACCGGACUGGACAUAGAGAAGGACCAGAUCAUUGAGAUGGCUUGUCUCAUAACUGAUUCUGAUUUAAACAUUUUGGCUGAGGGUCCCAACCUGAUUAUAAACCAGCCAGAUGAGUUGCUGGAUGGCAUGUCAGAAUGGUGUAAAGAGCAUCAUGGGAAGUCUGGCCUUACUAAGGCAGUGAAAGAAAGUACAAUUUCAUUGCAGCAAGCAGAGUAUGAAUUUCUGUCCUUUGUACGACAGCAAACACCACCCGGCCUCUGCCCUCUUGCAGGAAACUCUGUUCAUGCAGAUAAGAAGUUUCUUGACAAAUAUAUGCCUCAGUUCAUGAGGCACGUUCAUUACAGGAUAAUUGAUGUGAGCACGGUCAAAGAACUUUGCAGGCGCUGGUAUCCAGAAGACUUUGAAUUUGCACCAAAGAAGGUGGCUUCUCACAGAGCACUCGAUGACAUCAGGGAAAGCAUCAAAGAACUUCAGUUCUACAGAAAUAGCAUCUUCAAGAGGAAAACAGAUGAAAAGAAAAGAAAAUUAAUAGAAAAUGGAGAAAGUGAUAAAACUGUGAGCUGAUCUUCCAUCUCACAAUGCCAUCCCAUAGUACCCACUGGAUGUAUCUCCUGUUGUUUUUCUGUUCACCAGUGUUUAAGGAAGAGGCUUCUUUCAGUUUCCUUGUUUCUUAACCAUUAGGAAAGCAGCAGUAAUUCAGACUUCUGUCUGCUUUAACAUGUUUGAGCUGUGAAUUUGCCAUUUAAGUCUCAGCAGCUCCUUUGUUUUAUGUACCAGAUCACUUUUGCUCUUUGAUACAUCUCUUCAUUUACUUCUAGAUGCACUCUUUUGUUACAAAAUAAAACCAGUCCUGCUGAAAGAUUUUUUUUUA